GCCGGCAGCCGACGGGGAAGGACGGUGUGCGCCGUACCCGGGACACACGCUGUGCUGUUCGCACUGAAAAGAAAAAGGUCGACCAGCGAGCACACGCGGCUAUUCUCGUAAUACUGCUCGAGGGUGUACCGAGUCGAGGCCUCGCGACGUUUCGUUCGGGAUUCCCGCGACAAAUUGUCAGGCGUUCCUGUAUCUGGUGACAUUUGUCCUUUAGACCGAUUUUCGAAGCGAUAGCGACCCCUCGAAGAAUCACGCUGUCGGUGCUCACGAGGAAAACGGACCGCUACGGAUGUUCCCUUUCGUUUGAUGUCUCUUGUACAUGAAUUUAAAGUUGUCCGACGUGCUGUAGAUUCUAUAUAAUUGUUGGUUCUAGUAACAUUGUUUGCCGAAGAACACCGGUCAAAUCUUGGCUAACGACACAGAUGAAAUACGGAUUGUGUUGUUAGAGCUAACGAUCUCGAACAAAGAUCAAUUAAUUCCGUUAAACUAGGGAAUAAUUAUUCAUGUCUGUACGUGUGAUUUUACUUGGAGAUUUCGUGAGACUUUUGUUGACUGUUCUGUUACUCUUGUAUCGAUAGCGUGAGAGGGCCGCAGAUCGCAAAUAUUGAAACUACAAUGCAAAAUUGUAAUUGGACAUGGUUUAGCAAACAAAUCGUUUGAAUCAUCUGACAAUUCUCGCGGGUACGACGUUUCCCCCAAAUCCUGCCUGACGUGUAUCGAAAAUCGCGUAUCGGCGAUUGAAAGAUAAUGGAAUACGUAGGAACAGGUGCCAAAGUAAUCGUGGUAUGAUCUUCUAUCGGCGAGAACACCGCGAAGAUCGAGUUCGCAACAAUUCAAGGUCGCGCGGCUACCGAGCGGAGCUUUAUUACGAACAUGUUGCAUUAUUACAGCAACAGUCGAGAGAAGAAUAUGUUAAACGCGACGUUUACUCCGCGACGUGGUAACGUAGACGUGUCAUGAGAUGAGGAAGAUUAACAAUCGCUGACUUAGGAACAUGUCCGUUCUCCAUCCGUUGGUUCCCAUCCGAAUGGCGGUUGAAGCGGGCAGCAGAAAUUCGUCGAAGCGAACCGAGGCGAUCCGCGCGGCGAAUAGAGGCACCGACCGUGUCAAGCGCGAGUCAUAAAUACACCAAGCAACGAUAUAUCGAAGGGACCGUUCUGCUCGAGGGUAUUGUAUCGUAGCCGCCAUUGCUGCCGCCCGCUUCCUGGGGGCUCGUUCCGUCUUCGAAACGCGAGCCGAAUCGGCCCGGUCGCCGCUGCUUUAUCGGCCUUUAUCUCCGAAUAGAAACGUGGCCAGCCGGUCGGGCGAACACAGUGGGCCCCUUGUUUGGCCUUUCGGAGGACUGCCGAUGGUCUCAAGGUUAAAUGGUAAUUAACCGACCAUGUACAACCUGAACGUGAACGUGAAUCCUAAUCCAGCGGCUGCCGCGGGUCUUCUCGGUGUCGCGGCGGCCGAGGUCACGCCAAGGACACCGGAAAUCGUAAACUCCCUAAUCGCCAUGACCAAUCCCUUCGAGGAUUACACGAGCGAGAAGAGCAGGGACCGUACGGACUCGAUUAGCAGUGGUGAGCCGAGCCCACCGAGCGUUCAGCACACCUGUAGUCAGCUCAUUAAAGAAGGAUUGAAGCUGACGCUGCAAACGAAGAGGCGGGCGAACGGGAGCGGAGAUGACAGCAAGAAGAGGACGAAAAAGGAGGACGGAAGCGCGGACGACGAAGAGGAGGACGAUUCGCCCAACAACCACAGCCGCACUGGAUUGACACCGGAGGAUGAGGAAAGGCGCCGAAGAAGACGCGAGAGAAACAAAAUCGCCGCGACCAAGUGUCGGUUAAAGAAGCGUGAGAAGACGGUGAUCCUGGUACAGGAGUCCGAGAUCUUAGAGACGCAGAACCACGACCUCAAGUCCCAGAUCCAGGAGCUGGAAACGCAGAGGCGUAGGCUGGUAGAUAUGCUGAGCCUUCAUGGGCCAACCUGCCUGAAGCAGGGCGGCACGGACACCUCGUAUCAACAGUUCGCGGAACCCCUGCAUCUACCCAGUUACCAGGAGAACUUUGUACAUCCCCCCCCUGCGUUGAACCAGCCACAGAACUGCGUGACAGAGUAUCCGGUGAAGGUGGAGGAUUACGAAGGUGACUUCUACAGGCAGGAGAGUCCGUACGUGCCAACCUCGGAUGCCGGUUGCACGGUGUAGUAGCUUUAUUCGUUACAAGUAAUCCCUGCUGCGCCAUUUUGGGGAGCAAUCUCUGUGGAGAUCCGGUUUACCGGCUGGAGAAACUGCGCUAGUGUCUUUGCCAGCUGGUCCAACAGAGAAGAAGAGAAAGCAAGCAUUCCAAGAAGAUGUCGGUGAAUAAGAAUGUCGAUAGUGCAACAGAUGAGGUUCAGAAUUGGCCUAAAAUCUUAUGGGAGUUACGUGUAACACACAAGUACUCUUGUCUCACCGUCUGUGAUUAACAGCGAUGUCAUUGAUAAUCAUGUUCAAGAUAACCAUUGCAAUUGUUAAAAAUGAUAUUAUGCGUUUAAGAAAUGAUAGAUGAAAGAGAAUAUUUCUUGAGUGUUUUCAUUGCGCAACGCAACAGUACUGUAGACAUUAGGUUUAUCCUGUACUUCAUCUUUAGUGGCAGCCAACUAUGUUCAGAAUAUGUUCAGAGAGUGUCAUGAAUGUCAUCCUUGUUGGGUCUCCCUUGUCGCUCCCGGUAAAUCAGAUUCUCCUGGAUCUCCUUCCCUCCUCCGUUAGUUGCAAGUCUGUAGCUCAUAAGUUGUUUAUUAUACCAUAAUUGCGCGCUCCUAUGUCUUCUUUUCCGGUACCUUCGCCACUUUCUUUGUUCAUUUUCCUGCUCACCUUCUAUCUUCUUCUUCCUUUUCUUCGCCUUAAAAUUUCUUCUUUCUUUUUUUAACCUGCCCCCUUAUACUCAAAACGUUCAACGUAGAACGCUUAAAGACAUUCCUUGAAAGUAACCCUUUCUUGAAAGUAAGUAACCAAUUCCUUCAACAUAAGUACUGUGACAUUCUAAGGUAUAAUUAAUAUUAUGGAUAAACGUAAGAUAGAAACGGAUUGCCUUUGCAGUGCUGAGGAAACAAUGAUCUGUUGGUGUUAAGUGUUUAUAUGUGCCCGGUAGAAAAUAUUGAACUGCUCUACAUUAUAUCCACACAUGAAUAUAGAAGGAAUAAAUUGAAUUACCAGUGAGUACCAUGAGUCAUUACUAUAAGUGAUCGGUUAAGAAUCACGAAAUUCAAAAUCAAAGUAGAUUAAAGAAGAGAAUCAUUGCAAAGACAUUCCGUUGCUUUAAGUUAGAAUCGAGAGAGCCUGUAUUAAAUCGCAAUGCGUUAUUUUUUAUGUGACCAUUUCUCGAUUCACCAGUGAGAGAAAGUAUAUAACUCAGCAUGUAAGUCUUCUGAUAUUGAUUGUGACUAUCAUAUUGUGACGCGACUGCGAGACGCGUUCAAAGGAUACUUAUAAUUAUACGAAUAAUCGAAUGAUAUUUAAUAUUAUGUACAUGUGCAUAUUUUAUACAGAUAUAUAUGUUAUAUAUAUAUAUAUAAAUAUAUAUAGAUAUAUACAUAAAUAUAUUUACACUCGCAGACACGCACAUAUAUAUAGAUACGCGAGCGUCAUUAACAGUUAAUGAACAGUUAAUUACAUGACUAUUAAAUGUUUCAUUAAUAUGACAUGAGCCGAACGACAUACCUCAACUUUAUUGUGGGUAGUUACCCUCCCUCUGUGCGUUUGCCUUGUAAUUUCACUCCCAGGUUGUUUAGUGCUGCCUACGUAAUAUGUAGACUGUAGACGUUUAAGGAAAUUCAUAUUUCAUUCACAAUGUAUUAGGAACUCAAUCGCAGAUAAGGGAAGGGCUUUAUUAAAUUUUGGAAACACGUAAACGCUUACAGUCUAUCAACUCUGCCCUGUAACUCUGAUCAUGUAAUUGUUGAAAUUUUAAUUGUCGAUUCACGCAGUGUGUACAUUGAGUGACAGUGAUAUGCAAGGGAAUGCCAAAGAACCAUCAGAAACAUUGAUCAGUGUGUACAGAAUGAGGAAUUAUAUUUUUUUCAUUUUAAUAUGCUAUUAUUAAUCUAGGGAUCAGCAAACGCACUCUGGGGCUACGCUUAAGCGUUCUUGCAAUUUACGAGAGUUAGUUUAAUAGUGAAACGCUUCGAGUCCACGGACUAAAAUGCUUUUCAUCGUCGGAAUGUUACCGCCAAUUGAUCUAACGAAGAAGAUUUUUCUUGCACUUCGUCAGACGGAAGUGAGACAAAGUCUUCCUCUUAUUGUUCUUCUUCACAGUAUGCGAUUUAAAAGAUUAGCCCAUCUAUACUUGAUGAACCUGUAUGAUGUCUAUUCAUCAAAAUUGUUGAGUAAAUACAUUUAAUAUAUUUACAGAAAUAUUUUCGAAGAGGAUAUGUACAAAAUCUCAUAAUGAUGAGGACACAUAACGUAUCUAGCUUCAAAGAUGACAAAAAUAAUGACAAAAUUUCAUUCACGAAUUUUUUUAUUAUAAAUAUUCUAUUAUCUUGUCGUUCUAAGUAAAAAAUAAUUUUCUAAAGUUAUGUUCGUAUAUCUUAAUAUCUAUUAUAUAAAAGUAGAAAGUAUUAAAUGGGUUAGUCAUCCGAGAAUGUUAAGUAUAUUUGUAAAUGUGCAGGACAAACGUCAACACGUAACAGUCACACACGUGUGGUGCUACAUAUAUUAUAUAUUUGCUUUUUUAUAUAAAUUUUAUUAAGUUGCCUGAAGAGAGUAUUUAAUAGUUUAAUACACAUGUUAAGCGUGUAAUAUCGAGGUCUAUUUACUAAUGCAAUGAGUUCGAGAAGUAAUACUAUCAAACAUAUUUUCAAAUAGAGCUUCUAUUUAUAUGAAUCUUCUUUUAAUGAACAAUUUUUAAGAGUGAAAAACAGCAAACGUUUGAUUAAUGUUGCCGACAAAUUGAAAGGAUUAAAUAGUAUUGGAUCUGUAACAAAUUUAUUAUAAGCACUCGUGUUCAAUCAUUUCUCACAUAUAAUGUGCAGACUGUUAGAAAGUAUUGCAUUUUAUAAUUAAACAAAAAUAUUCCGAUCACGUUUGCAGCAUACACUUAUCAAGAGUCAUGGAUAAAACGGACAAUUCUUAUAAAAGUUUAGAAUAUAUUUUGAUAAUUAUGUUUGCUAUUCAAUACAUACUGCCAUUAUUAAAAUCCCAGAUCCUGUUACUUGCAGUAUCUGGCUCAUAAGUUCAUUGUUUUAUUAGUAAAAUGUAUUGAAAAGUCUUUCUAGGAGAUAAGUGCAGAGUAAUUUUAAUAACAAAUUAGCAAACAGUGUAAGAUUCUAUUUGUCAUAACAAAAUCGUACUAUUGUGUCUUUUAUUACUGAGUACCUGGCCAUGGUUUUCCAUGCGACAGCUGUUUUUCCUUAGGAGAAAUGCAUUGAGUUAAAACUAGAAAAAUGGCUGACAAAAUUAUAUCAUUGUAACCUAAGGAAAAAUUUUAUUCUUUAAAUAAAAGUGCCUUCAAUACUAAUAAUCUGUUAUUUGUUUCAUACCAAUUUAUGAGGUUCUAAGUAAAUAAUAAAACAACCUCUUAUGAUACACUUAUUUUAUUAUAAAAUUCAUUAUUAUACACACACACAUUCGCAUACAUUAAUCACAAUCAUUUCAAAACAGAAUACAAUUUAUUUUAUAAAUAAAGAUACAUGAUGAGGAGGAUGAGGAGAAUAGCCUUAUUAAACCUUAAUUGUAUCUAUUUGAUAUGGAUUUAUGAACCCCUGUAAGAUGAAAAGAGUCAUUUAAGUAGAAUCUAUUCUAAACAAUAAUUGAAUACAAAAAAAGUCAACAAAUAUACUUACACAAUGAUAUUGUUAAUUGGAAUAUGAAUUAGUUUAACAAAGAAUCCUAUAAAGCCCAUUAUACAAAAACCAAUGGCUGUGGCCAGAGCAAUUUUCUGAAACUCUGAGAAAGAUUGUACGAUCAAACAUAGCUUCUAGGUAAUUCUGUAAUAAAAUUAAUACAUUACUGUAAAAUGUGGAACCUUACCUUUGCGGUCAGGCUUUGUGCAUCGUUUGACAAGACGAAUACUGUCUUUAGCAAACUGGCGGCCAGGUUCAGUAAGCUUCUUCAUUUGAUCCAUGAUGCUUGUAAGACUGAAAACAAAAUAAGUUGGAUCUGUGUAAUUUAAAUUAAUUUGAGUAUGCUUACAAGUAAAUUUAUUAUUAGAACGUUUGAAUAUAACCAAUGCAGACGCUUUAUGAACAGUGUGCAAAAUGUACGUGUCACAUAUGUUUUUAUAAUUAUAGAAAAUCGCACGAGUUAUAUUGUGUGGAUAUUUUAGUUGCAUUUAAUGAAAUGUUAAUACGUAAUUUUAAACCGAUUAAUUAUACAAAAUAAUUUACAGGUUAUAAAGAAUAUUGAUUUUCUUAUGGUUACUUUAUGAUUUUUAACUUAAUUUACAAUAAAUAGUUGAUAAAACUCAAAUACUCACGAUACGUUCGACCGAGUAACGUUUCACAAAGCGUUUGACGUACGAACUGCUGCACUCGUCAAGAUUCGAGGCGCUACGUGGACACUGUGCUGUAAGAACGUCAUUUCCUGACCACUGACGUUGGAAUUACGGCAUCGUAGCGGGAAGGCAAUACCACUUCAAAAUCGUGAGAAAAGUUCAAUCGAAACAAUAAAAUUAAAAACCUAACAUAUUAUAUAAAAACUGUACUAGAGAGAAA